GUUCCUCUGUUUCUCCUCUGCCUUAACUUGCGGCCAAUCGUAAAAGAAGAAGAAGAAACAAACCAGAAAAAGGAUUUUUCAAGAACCGGCGGCGGAAUAUUCUCGCCGGAAAAUGGGUAAAGCUAGAGGACUUAACAGUGGCGGUGGAGAGAGCUCCCUCGGUUAUCUUUUUGGUUCCGCCGAGCCUGUUUCCAAACCAAACAAGGCUACCGCUAACACUAGCUUUACCACGACCACGACUACCACAACAACCACCGAUGGAGCUGGAGGCAGACCCAAGACCACCACCACAACCACAACCACGGGAGAUAAAAACAAGACCCGUGAGGGUGAGGUCUCGGCUGGUGUGAGAGGAAGUCCUAACAAUUACUACAGAUCAGAUGGACAAAACUGUGGCAACUUCCUCACGGACCGACCAUCUACGAAGGUUCAUGCUGCACCAGGUGGAGGAUCUUCUCUUGGUUACUUGUUUGGUGGUUCUGGUCCAUCUGGAUGUGACAAAUGAUUUGUAUUUCCACGACAAUCUCUCAGCAUUUGAUCGGUUGAAAACGAACAAUUGUAAAAAAUUGUAACUUUAUUAAUUAUUCCCUAUCCUUUGAAACUGGUUGUGGGGAUUGUUUUUGGAUUUGGACGUUUCUUGUGUUCUUGGAAAAAAAAAGAUAUGUCAAUCUGAAUCUUGCAAAAAGCUUGAAGCCAAACCUUUCCUGUGGGAUCUACAAAUGUUCAAGAUUAUAGGUUUCUGAAUCUUUGAAUCCAUAAUAUGAUCAUAUUACAGUAGCUUUCAUGUUCCUUUAUGGCUUUAUCCAUCAGUCACC